CUUCUCUUUAGCUUUCCUGACACACAAGAGAGGAAAUCUCGUAGGGGUCGUCCUUGCUCCGCGAUUCCGCCCGUCGUCUGUCAACCGAGUCUGUCGCGUAUCCCGGUUUUUUUCGUCUUUCUUCUUCCGGCCUCAAGUCUCUCGUCUUUCUUCAGGAAAACGCUUCUUCGGCCUCCAACUCGGAAGCCCCGCCGCCAUCACUCCCGCUUCUCCACGGUCGGUGUACAGACAGCUCAGGAUCGCUCCUGCUCGCGGUAUCGGUACUCUACACACGCUGCGUCUACUCCCGUUUCUCAACUCCAGAAGACCAGUCGUUGCUUCGCCGUUCACGGGGGCGUUCCGCUGGCGUCUCUCGGUAGAGAAGAAAGCCGAAAAGUCGGAGAGGGCGCCGCGAAAGCCAGGCUUUCGGAGCACUGAGGUCGAGAAGUCUCAACCCGACCAGGAGAGGGAUGUAGGCGGAAACGCCUUUCUUCGAGAAGGGAGUAGUUUCAUCACCUGUGUCUGCAUGGUCUUUGCGAGUCGCUCGGGAGGGAGCACCUCCUAUCUUGACCUUUCUUCCGUAUUACCUUGCAACUGGCCUGUAGAUUUUCUUCUCUGCCUCCUGGGCUCUUCUCGACCUACUUCUGUCGCGUCUUCACCUAUCUGUGUGCGUCCUUUCAAUUGGUGCUCGCUGGCUCCUCCCUGACAAAUCCAUUCUCCCUCUCCUCGCUCUCUUGUUCUCUCUCUUCUCUUUCGUCUUCUUUUCUCUAUCUCCACCCGACGGGUGAAUCCGGCCCUGCUCUUUGCUGUCUCUGUCCCUCUGCGGCCAUCCAUGUUCCGCUGUCUGAGCAUGGUGUCUGCAACAAGUUGUUUUUUUUUGUCUGAGAGUCUCUCUGAAGCUCACCUCGUAAGGCGCGUCUUCUCGCUCCGAGGACCCGUUCGCUGUCCUCUGCUCACGGAUCAGCGCCUUUUCCCUGACCAGUGAUUCCGCCGCUACGUUCGAAGGCCUCGGCGAACUCCUGUCAGGAGUCGCUGCUGAAAAUGUUCUUCUGGACUGGAAAUAACAGCUGAAGAGUUCGCAUGCACCAAGGCGGAAAUGACUCUUUCAGAGGCAACUCGCGAGGCGCCCAACGGCGUGUCUCCUGCCUUCAACGGCGAGGGCCUCCCGGAGACGAACUCGCCUCCGCAUGCAGUCUUGCCUUCGCCUGCAGGUGACAGUGGAGAGGGCAGCCCGCGGAACUCGGGGAUGCCGAACUGGAUCACAGCGUUGGAGGAGGAACUCGACAAGAAGCUGCUGGUGGUUCUUCGAGACGGAAGAAAGCUGAUUGGAUAUCUACGCACCUUCGACCAGUUCGGGAACCUCGUCCUAGAGGGUACGGUCCAGAGAAUGGUUGUCGACAACGCGUACGCAGACCUCUACCUGGGCUGCAUGAUUGUUCGAGGCGACAACAUGAUCCUCUUCGGCGCUGUCGAUGACUCUCGCGCUUCGCCGCUCGAACCCAAGCCUCUUUGCGACAUCCUCGCAGCCAGACAAGCCGAGGAGGAGCAGGAGCGGCAGAAGCGCGGUGGCCAUCGAGCGUGGCUGGACAGACAGCUGGGCGAGGACUGGUGACGACUGGACGCGCUGGCGCUCGACUGAAGGCUUCAAAGUCUCUCCGGCUCGAAAGACUCCCAGGCGUGUAUCUCCCAGAUUCCGCGUCUCGCCUGUUUUCUUUGCUUUCUCUCGCGGUGGACGGGUCGCGGGGUAUCUACACCUGUACCGCCAGUCGUCAUCGUGUUGUGUCCAUGUUGGAAACCUACAAUGAGGACGCAGUUUAUCGCAGAGUCUGAGAUGCACGUGAACAAACAGAUCGCGUUUUUCUUGGCUGAGACGGAGUUCAUUUCGAGGGCCGUUUUCUCAUGGUACACGCAGUUUCUCUUCCUCAGAAAUGCCGCAACGCUGGCAGAAGAAGCACAGGUGGCGAGAGCAGCAGAGCUUCGCCUGCGUUUCUCUUCUGCCUGUUCUGCUUUUGUUGACUCUCCACGUCCGCUUCGUUUCGCGACAGGAUUUUCGUUUCUCCUGUUCUUUCCUGAACGCACCAGUCCCGACCGUCGUCCUGUCUCGAGGCCGUUCUCAGCUCUUCUCCAGCUUUUUCUCCUGCGCGUACAGUGAAGAGUUCAAACAGCCUCUGAGUCCUUUGGACGGAAGCGCGUCCGAUUCCCAGUUCGGCUGUACAUACACCGCACGGCGGUCUUUCGGUUUGGGGGUCGCUUGUCAGAGUGCCUCGCUUUCAAAACAAGCGCGUGUUCGUUUUUCGCUGCGCAGUGGCAACGCGACUCGCGUCGGAUAACUGCGACGUUUUAAUGUUAACCUACUACAGACCAUGGGAGCGAAGAUAAUGUAAUAUGCACC